AUCCUCUGUCUCUAGCUUUCAAUUCUUUUCUGUCUCUUGCACUCAUUACUUUGUGUUAGAGUUUUGGUUGGGCCUGUAUUGCUUGUUGUAUUAUAGAUUUUUGCAUUUUUCUUUAUCAAGGAAGGAAAAAAAAAAGUUUUGCUUUGCUCAAUUUUUUCCCCUCUCAUCUUUAUUUUUAACUUUUUGUUUUCUUUCAGAGGCUACUUAGAACCUUCCCGAUCUUCACCUCCAUUUUCCCCAACUGUUUGGAGGAAGAAGUACAAACCCAAUAAUACAGCUAUUUUUUUGAACCAUGAGCACUUAUACUGUGACACUUGCUGGACCCGCGCCAUGGGGCUUCCGCUUGCAAGGAGGCAAGGACUUCAACAUGCCUCUCACCAUUUCCCGGAUCACUCCUGGGAGCAAAGCAGCUUCAGGUAACCUGUCCCAGGGUGACAUCAUCGUAGCCAUCGAUGGUGUCAGCACUGAGGGCAUGACUCACCUGGAGGCUCAGAACAAGAUCAAGAGUGCCAACUACAACCUGGCCCUCACCAUGGCGAAGUCAAAGCGCCCAGUCCCUUUGUCCAUGACUGCACCAAGAAUUGACACUUCAAUUCCUGUCAUCCCUCACCAGAAGGUUGUUACCAACAUGCCUAUCAACAACGAGUAUGUGCCCAGUUUCAACCCCAUUGCCCUGAAGGACACGGCUCUUUCCACCAACAAGCCCAUUGAAGUGAAGGGGCCGGGAGGCAAGGCCACCAUCAUCCACGCCCAGUACAACACUCCGAUUAGCAUGUACUCGCAGGAUGCCAUCAUGGACGCAAUCGCUGGUCAGUCUCAGGCCAGAGGGGCUGAAAUGUCCGGCGAUGAGGCUCUCUCUGGCUCUCCCCUUUCUAGUCUGCCUGUUAAAGAGCGUGUUGUAGACAGUGCUUCCCCAGUGUAUCAGGCUGUGAAUGCCAGCGGAGAAGUGCUGGAGCCUGCUGAGUGGGCACGGAGAGCCGCCCACAUGCAAUCCAAGUCCUUCCGCCUCCUUGCCCAUGUCACCGGCACUGAAUACUUGCAAGACCCAGACGAGGAAGCUCUUACAAGAGCGAGUACGCCUGUCCAGCAUGCUGCGGUCUCCAUGAACACGGCCGCUGUCGCAUUGUCCGCUUCUGCAGCUUUGCCCAGUCAGCUCGCCGCUGAGCUGCAGAUAGCCAAUCAGGCGCCUGAGCAGUCUGCUGAACCAGCCUCUGUAGGCUCUAGCCAUGUCAGCUUUUUGUCACCCCCUGAGCCACAGGCUGUAUCUCAAGCUGACCCUGUGGCUCACGAGGCUAAUGAGGUCCCUGUUCUCCCCCCUGAGGGGCCACGCCACCUGUCGCUUGCUGCCUCAACCAUUUCAACUGCUUUGACUGCUCAAUCUAGAAACCAUGUGUAUAAGAAAGGGCCGCCGCCCACCUCUGCGCUGGAGGCCCUGCCAAUCACACCAUACUUCUGCAGCAGAGCUUUGCCCAAACGCAAGCAAUCAGGAAAAGCAAAGAAAGUGAGCUUCACCAUGCAGUCCUCUUCCAGUUACAGAUCACAGUACCAAACCUCCGGCAUCAGCAACCAGUAUGCACAUCAACCACAUAUGCAGCAAGCUCCACCUACUCAACAGCCUCUUCACAUUCAAACUGCUCCACCCACUCAACAGGCCCCGCCCAUGCAGCAGAGCUCCAUCCAUAUCCCUGUAGGUCCGUCUCCAAAUAAAUUGGUCAGCACUACCACCAUUGUGCCUACAGCUUAUCCCACUGCUCCAGCGUGUGAGUGGCAGGGUGAAAAGGCACAGCGUGGCGUCCAUUUCAGUGAAGCCCUUGUUCAAGCCCCCGUUCAUGCUCCUGCUCCAGUCCCUCCUCUUGCCCCAGUUCAUUUUCCUGCUCCCGCCCCAGUUCAUGUUCCUCUUCCAGCCCCAGUUCAUUUUCCUGCUUCCACUCCUCCUGCUCCUGCCCCUGGCCCUGCCCAAUCCUCCAACAGACCCCCAUGGGUUAUGGAUGACACUUUUGCCCAGAAGUUUGACCCCAGCAAGACCACCACCACCAGCAUCAAAGUGCAGCCUCUUCCCACUGCGGCCCCACCGGCUCCUGCCUACAUCCCCAACCCUUCUCCUGCUCCUGCUGCCCCCAGCCCUGCCCCAGCCCCCUUUGUCCCUGCCUCUUUCCCACCUGUGGCUCGUGGAGUAGCACAGAGAGCAGAGCGCUUUGCUGCCAGCAAUAGGACACCAAUGUGUGGAUCCUGCAACAACAUCAUCAGGGGGCCAUUCCUAGUGGCACUGGGCCGCUCGUGGCACCCGGAGGAGUUUAACUGCCAUUACUGCCACACAUCUCUGGCUGACGUCAGCUUUGUGGAGGAGCAGAACAAUGUUUACUGUGAGAACUGUUACAGAGAGUUCUUCGCCCCUACCUGUGCCCGCUGCAGCACUAAGAUCAUGGGAGAAGUGAUGCAUGCUCUGCGGCAGACCUGGCACACUACCUGCUUUGUGUGUGCUGCAUGUGGGAAACCGUUUGGAAACAGCCUCUUUCAUAUGGAGGAUGGAGAACCUUACUGUGAGAAAGAUUACAUUGCGCUCUUCAGUACUAAGUGCCAUGGCUGUGAUUUCCCAGUGGAGGCUGGGGAUAAGUUUAUUGAGGCUCUUGGCCACACAUGGCAUGACACCUGCUUUGUGUGUACGGUUUGCCAUAUAAAUCUGGAAGGCCAGCCGUUCUAUUCUAAGAAGGACAAGCCUUUAUGCAAGAAACACGCUCACGCCAUCAACGUGUAGAUCCACCAGGAGUACCGUGAUCGUGCUGGUCACUGUAUUUGCCUUAAUAUUGGUUAGAGCUCUUUUAGAGGAGGAUUCGAAACCAAUUUAAACACGGAUCCGAAAAACAAAACGGCCAACCCGCAUAUUAUAUAUUUAAUUCUAAUACUAAUAUUUUUUUUAAAAAAAGUUGAGUUGGUGCAAUGUCACGUUUUAAUUUAAUACAGAAAUGGUGAAUUUAGCGUAUGCUCUGGGCAUAGAUAGAUCAUCUUAAUGCAUUUAAUGCAAUUUGAUAUGAAGUGAACAUGCAGAGCUCUAAGUGUACAAUGUGGAGGGGGAUAUAAUUUCAGAUGAACUUGAAUUGAUGUAUGAUCAUGCAUGUUGCAUUUGCAAUGUGCUCAUUUUAUUCGGGGUGAUUGUGUUUUAUUCUAUUGAUUGAGAUUUUUAUUUAAAUAGAAUUUGAUAUUUCACUUUUAUUGUGUUAGGACUAAGGAUUGUGUCGAUUUUUAAUUGGUAAAUGAAUGCAAUACACAUCUACAGAGAGGCAAGUUGGUAUUUUUAUUUUAGUUAGAAUCACUUGGUAUGAGGUUUAAUAAUGCAUUUUAACUAAACAAAGUUGUUGGGUGUGAAAUAUUUAUUGUAAGCAAAGUGUUCUGGAUUUCUUUAUGCCCAGAUCAUGUCAUUAUUAUUCUUGAGAAUACGUCUGUUAAUUCAUGAAACGUACCCGUGUACCUGUUCCUUAAACCCAUAAACGAGAACCUUAAUAAUAUUUUUAUUUAAUGAAUUUUUUCUCCCCACAAGAUGUUUUAUUUGUAUACAUCCAGGUUUAUGAAAUCUAAGAUAACAUUGUAACACUGGUACUGAAACCUUGGUGUGCUGUUGUUUUAUUGCUGAGUUGAUACCUAAUUUAUUUUUGCUUUGUGUAUGUGUGAUAGGCAGUGCAUGGAUUGUUUGCAUCUGUAUAUAUAAUGUUCCAGUUCCACUGAUAUCAAAUAAUUGAUCACAUCUGGCCUGUUGAGCUAUAAUCCAUAUGUCUGUCUUUUGAUUUUUAGUUGAAGAAACAGAAAGAGUUUUGUAUGUUCUCCUCGUGUUGAAGUGGGUUUUCUCUGAAAAACAUGCUGGUAGGUAGAUCGGCUAUGCUAAAUUUUCCUGUGUGGUGUGUGUGGUGCCCUGUGAUGGACUGGAGUCUUAUUCAGAGUGUAUUCCUUCCUUACACCCAGUGUUCCUGGGAUAGGCUCCGAAUACACCUCGAUCAUGACCAGGACAAAGUGCUUACUGAAGAUAAAUGAAUGAAUAAACACAAAUGGUAAUGAAGAACUUGACUGGUUUUGAUAGUGUUACACAGUUUCUAUAGUUAAGUGGGGAUUUACUUUGUUGGAUUUCACUCCUGUUAUUUAUUCUGUGUGUAUUAUUUAGCUAUUUAUUUCACCAUAAACUCCAUAAACAAUACACCAAUUUAGGUAAUAUUGUAAAAAAAAAAAAAAAAAAAAAAAGUAUUGUUGUAAAAUGGUGUAACAGGCUAAUAUAUGUAUUUAUAUACAGUACCUUCCACUAUGAAAAUGCAUUUUUAUUGAACAGUGUCUCAAAACAACUAAUUAUCUACUCAAAUGGUUUAAAGCGAGUGAUCAGCUUAACAUGGUUCUGUCAUCUUUACUUAACUGGUGUAUUUAAAAGUAAAGUAAUGUUGUGUAGCAGUGUAUGUAGAGACAGUUUGUAACCAAGGGGAUGUGUGUAGGAACUUCACAGAAAUGUUCAAAUAUUAUGUACAUUCUCUCCAUAUAUUUCUUUGUUGUAUCCUGUUGAAAUACUUCUCGUUCCACUACUGGUUUUACAGUGAGCUACCAUUUGUCCGGCAUGCAAAAUUUGUGGAUUGUAACAAAUGAAAGUCAUUGUGUUGAAUUUUCUAAAAUCAAUCACCCUGCCAAGGGGGCACGGUUAGCUCGUUUGCCUUGCACCUCCAUGGUUUGGAGUUCCGUUAUGCAACAUUUGUGGAUUGUAACGGGUACUCUGGUUUCCUCCCCCAGUCCAAAGUCCCGUGCAUUGUAGGCUUAGUGGGAUCUCUAAAUUGUCUGUAGUGUGCGAAUGCGUGUGCGAUUGUGCCCUGCGAUGGGUUUGUGCCUUGUACCUUGUGCCCCGAGUCCCCUGGGAGAGGCUCCAGGCUCCCCGUGACCCUGUGUAGGAUAAGCGGUACAGAAAAUGGAUGGAUGAAUGGAAUAACCCUAUCAUUCACAACUUCAGAACUUGUCAGACAACCUGGCAAAAAAAA